UGAGAGGAAGUUAGUUAUACCUGAAAAAAUGAUUAAAAGAACAACUGGCAAUCCAAAGGUUGGUAAGGAACACAGUAAUCCAAACAGCAAGCAGAACCCUAGUAUGUGUGAGUAGGAGUCCUUUAAACAACAGUGAGACAAUGCUCCCUCAUUCAGAUAACAGCACAUUCCCAACAUCAUCCUUCCGUUUCAGGCCCUCCCAUAUUGAAAGAUAUCAUCUCGGUAAUUUCAGGACCUAGCAUAUGAUGGCACUGAAAACAAUUUUUGCGGAAUAAAAGAAGGGAGUAAGUCAAGGUUCAAGAAAGUAAUCUUGAGUCCUCAAUGAUUAAAGGAGGAUAUAAAAUAAUAUCUCAGGGAUGAUGAUAAUAAACUGGGAUUGAUUCAGGUAAGAAUGGGAUAACAGUCAAGUACAUGAAAGAACAUUUCUCUCAAUUUGGAAAAGAUAAAAAUGACUAAAACUAUAGCAUGAAUAGCCCACGAUAGAUAUAAUCAAGAACUAAGGUAACAUACUAGUGCCAUUAACAGAAUCAACCUUCGAGAGGGUACUGAAACAUCACCAGAUUUCAAGACAGCCUAGAUUCAUCUUUACCAAAGACCAUUUCUGAGCCAUCCCAUUUACUUGUCCGCACUGUGCAGGUGUCUUUCUCUGACUGACUCAGGACAAGGGUGGGCAGUAAGCGGUCCCUCAAGAGUCUUCCCAUCAGUGAUCUACACUGUCCUAGAAGUGGGGACCCCACUGUCCUUAGGAAGGAUCGUUGCCUGGCUCUGCAGCGGAGGGGACACCUUGUUCCCAGGCUAUUUACAGAGACUUUGAACACCAAUGAUGGAUACAAAAAUGGACAACAAUUUUACUACACCCUCUGCAGCAACUCAGGAAAGUGACUGUGACCUCUAUUCACACCACAACACAGCCAGGAUACUGAUGCCUCUGCAUUACAGCAUUGUCUUCAUAAUCGGGCUUGUGGGAAAUGUUCUAGCCUUGGUUGUUAUUGUUCAAAACAGGAAAAAAAUCAACUCUACCACCCUAUAUUCAACAAAUCUGGUGAUUUCUGACAUACUUUUUACCACUGCUUUGCCUACACGGAUAGCCUACUAUGCACUGGGCUUUGACUGGAGAAUGGGUGAGGCCUUGUGUAGGAUAACUGCUCUCGUGUUUUACAUCAACACAUACGCAGGUGUGAACUUCAUGACCUGCUUGAGCAUUGACCGGUUCUUUGCUGUGGUGCACCCUCUGCGAUACAACAAGAUGAAAAGAAUUGAACAUGCAAAAGGCGUUUGCAUAUUUGUCUGGAUUGUAGUAUUCGCUCAAACACUCCCACUACUCAUAAAACCUAUGUCAAAGCAGGAGGAAGAAAAGACUACAUGCAUGGAGUAUCCGAACUUUGAAGAAACAAAAUCUCUUCCCUGGAUUCUGCUGGGUGCGUGUUUCAUAGGAUACGUGCUCCCUCUCCUAAUCAUUCUCAUCUGCUAUUCUCAAAUCUGUUGCAAACUCUUUAAAACUGCCAAACAAAACCCACUGACUGAGAAAUCUGGUGUAAACAAAAAGGCUCUCAACACAAUUAUUUUUAUAAUUGUUGUGUUUGUUCUCUGUUUCACACCUUACCAUGUUGCAAUUAUUCAACACAUGAUUAAGAAGCUUCAGUCUCCUGAUUUACUGGAAUGUAGCCAAAGACAUUCGUUCCAGAUUUCUCUGCACUUUACGGUAUGUCUGAUGACCGCCAAUUGCUGCAUGGACCCUUUCAUAUAUUUCUUUGCAUGUAAAGGGUACAAGAGAAAGGUUAUGAAGAUGUUGAAGCGUCAGGUCAGUGUAUCAAUUUCCAGUGCCGUGAAGUCAGCCCCUGAAGAAAACUCACGUGAAAUGACAGAAACUCAAACAAUGAUACAUUCCAAGUCUUUAAAUGGAAAGUAAAAACGAAUUAAAUCUUGAGUUUAUAGCAAAGAGACCGCAUGAUGAACUUUGGUGGACUUUUCUUAUAAAGCAAAAACGAUUGUUCAACUUCCAGUUAGGAUUCUAGUAAAUUCCUUUCAUGGGCCAUGAGCUCCCACCUCCAAAUUGGAAGUAAACUGGUAUAUAUUAUUUUUUAUACUCAAGAAAACAACAUAAAGCAAAGUUCUAAUGUGUAAAUAAAAUACUAUACCAAAAGGGAGGUUAUUUUAAUAUCUCUCAGUAUAAAAAGCUUUUUAUGUUAAUGAAAAAGUUCAACAUCAGUUAUUUCCUACCAAUAAUUUGGCAAAAGAAAAAAAGACUGUAGGAUUGUAUAUUGCCAGUGUAAAAAUGUCAAUAUUGUAACAUGUUUCUUUUUGUUAACAUAUUUCUUCGACCCAUACUUCUUUCAAUCUUAGACUUUAAUCUCCUUGAUAAUAUCAGCAUUUUCUUUUCUUUUGCUCUGAGUCAUAAAAUUUUGUUUCAAAGAACUCUUUUGGAAUAAAGCACAGGAUGCUACAAAAUUAA